GAUGCCGGGCACCAUUCACUCAGCUGCUUCUGUAAACACCCUCAACUCACCUCACCGCCCGGGCAAUGGGUUAUCUUCCGAGCUUUCCACUGUACGUGAGAAGUUCUCCGCUUCACGUUUGAGUAACCUGGAGUGAAGUUGCCGGGGAAGAGCUGAGGCUCAGCAUCGCCUACACCUGUCCACGUUUAUUUUGCGGUAGAGAUAACAUCUGUGGAGGCGAGUGGACAGGCAAGGUUUCAGGUCCGAACCCUUCUUCAGACACGAACUCCUUUUCAGAACAGGGAAACCGAAUUAUUUAGUUUGCCGAUUGCAUUUACUCCAAUGCAUUUUUGAUUAAACAACCCAUUCAGAGUGAGGAACAGCUAAAAACAGCAAACAGCAAGUUUUGUUUCUGCAUAGCUAAUUAAGCUGUUGGAUCUAUACAACCAUUCCUAAUGUCUGAAAUGCAUGGAGUACCAAACGGGAAAGCAAAAGAGGAAGAUGAUAUGUCAAAUGGUGACUUGGGUGACGGUUUUCGCAGGAAGCCUGGUGGAAUUUAUGAUGGGCAACAUUGUUCAAUUGCUGAGACUUCAAGAUCAAGACAAGGAUCCGAUUGCAAUGGUGAUGUAUUUAGUAGAAAUAUAAAAAAGGAUGAAAAGAAUGAGAUUCCAUGUUUCCGUUGGACCACAAACGGCAGCAUUUCCGAUUCCUUCCACCAGCUUAUGAAUUCUGAUGUAACUAGUAUCAGCAGGCGAUUGAGCAAUAUUGGUACAGAAGUUGAAAUGUCAAACGAAGAACUAAAACUGAGGCUCCUGGAAGUUAUGCAGGAAGCAGAAAUUUUACGAUCUGAGCUUGAAGUAACACAACGGAAACUCGAGGGAAAAUAUGAAGCCUUAAAAAUACUGCAGGGCAUGGCAGUGCUUGAUAAAGCCACAGUGCACACAAAGACUCUACAUCAAAAAACAGGGAACGAAACAAGAUUUUAG